GUUCUUGAACGAGCAGGAAUUAAUGUGGGCGGAGCUUUCCACUGGUCCCUUCCGCAGCCGAGAUGGCCAAGCUCAGGUGUCUUUCUGCUUUUACCCCAGGAAGCAUAAUUUAGAGCGAAAGGGGGACGCCGCAGUCACGUCAAUUACUUCCCAAGUCAAUGUCAAAGUCCCAGGACCUAGACGGGGGCACACCGUUACGUCGAUAUAAACGCGAAUUCUCACCUGACCAAACUAACACGACUUGACAUUGCGAGGUUAGCGCAUUGACUCCCAAGUUUGUUUGCGCCUAACCGAGACUGUUAACACAGCAUACCCUCGGUAAGUCUCUUUGGACUUUACUAACAUCAUGACUGGCAGUGCCAUGAGACGUGAUAAAGGAGGUGCUGAUAGCAGCGGAAAGACACUUUGCUAUCUGCCGUAAGCUAAUUAACAUGGAUAGCUGAAAAUUGCGGUGGCACUGUCUGUGUCCCCCAAAUAAUUCCCAAAGUGAGAAUUAUUUUUUGUUGUUGACAGUUCAUUCCGGAAUUAUUUUGCUACUGCCCCGAAUGUAACCUGAACCGUCAGCAUAUAGUAAAUACACUUCAUUGAGGGAUUUAUAAUUGGCCCCAAAUCCUCAAACUGAAUACGGUAUACUAUUCCUAUAGAACAGUAGCGGAACACUGUUUUGUCUUUUAGCAUCAGCAUGGGUAUUAAAAUAAAUGUGACUUGUACUAUUUCAUACAUCCUACUGGACAUCAUUAUCGCCACACUCUUAUAUAUUCACGGAUCACAGUUUAACAUUUUUGUAGAAGAUGGUUUGAACUUUAGCAUUCUGCAGUCGGCAUUGGACAUCUGGGGGACUGUGCUGCUUCGAGCUUCUCUCCUCCUGGGUGCCUCUAUUGGAGUCUUAUGGAACAGAGAAGAUGGCCCACACACGGUGGCUAAACUCACCACCCUCAUCCUCUUAGUCUGCCAGACUAUUAUUACAUAUACUCUGGCCAAGCUGCUGAUGCUGAGUGAACUUGAGUCGCUAUCUCAUCGUCCUUGGUCUUUGAGUCUGAUUUGCUGGACCUGUUUCUCCUCGUUGGCAGUUCUGGGGCUGUGGUGGGUUCUCGGAAAGGAAAAUAGCAGUGAACCGGGACAUUGUGACGACACUGAGGACUUGCUUCAGCCAGAUGGUAAAGAGGAGGAGGAAGAUGGGGUACGCAGUGAGAGGAAGAACAAUUGUGAGAAGAAAGAAACAGAGAAGACCACCACAGGAGCUACACUGGGGCGUCUACUGAGCUACACGAAACAAGAUGGUGGACUGUUAACUGUGGCUAUUAUCUUCCUUGUCAUUUCUGCUGUGUGUGAAGCCUUCAUACCUUACUACUAUGGGAAGGCGAUAGAUAGCAUUGUGGUUCACCAUAGCAUGGAAUACUUUGCUAAACCUGCCAUCACACUCACAGUCUUGGCCUUCACCAGUUCAAUUGCAAUUGGAGUGCGUGGAGGAGUGUUUACACUCACAUUUGCACGAUUGAAUCUUCGGUUCAGGAACCACCUCUUUAGAACUCUAAUGAGGCAGGAUAUUGGCUUUUUUGAUGAGAACCAUACAGGUGACAUCACGUCACGUCUGUCAGCUGACACCACCCAAGUGAGUGACCUCAUCUCCCAGAACAUUAACGUGUUCUUGAGGAGCACCAUCAAGGCUGUUGGGUUUCUCAUUUUCAUGUUUGGAAUGUCCUGGAAGCUAACAUUAGUGAACAUGAUGGGACUUCCUUUUAUUGCCCUUCUUUCUGAGUAUUAUGGAAAUUAUUACAAGAAACUAACUAAAGAGGUGCAAACAACUCUUGCAAAGGCUAACAAAGUUGCGGAAGAAACCAUUUCAGCUAUGAAGACAGUACGAAGCUUUGCCAACGAGCAUCGAGAGGCUGACUCCUACUACGACAAGCUGGUUGUCAUGUAUCAUCUCAACAAGAAACAAGCCCUGGCAUAUGCUUGCUAUAUGUGGUCCAGUUGUAUCUCAGAGCUUGCUCUGGAGGUUACCAUUCUCGCCUACGGUGGCCACCUUGUGGUGACUGGUCAGAUGGAAAGCAGCCAGUUGUUAUCGUUUUUCAUAUACAUGCUUGAAAUGGGGGAAUGUUUGGCGAACAUUGCAUCAGUUUACUCAGGGCUCAUGCAGGGCGUAGGAGCUGCUGAAAAGGUUUUCGAGUACUUGGACAGAAAACCCAAACACCCACCUGAUGGUACAGAUACUCUGGAGUCAUUCACUGGUCUGGUAGAUUUUCAAGACAUCACAUUUUCCUACCCUACUCGGCCAGAGAUUGAAAUCCUCAAGGGAGUGUCAUUCACUCUAAAGCCUGGCGAGGUUACCGCCCUGGUUGGACCGUCAGGCAGUGGAAAGAGCUCCUGUGUCAACCUAUUGGAAAACUUCUAUGUUCCCCAGCAUGGUCAAGUCCUGCUGGACGGAAAGCCUGUUCACACCUUCCAGCAUGGAGACCUCCAUUCUCGGGUGGCGCUUGUAGGCCAAGAACCAGUGCUUUUUGCCCGAACAAUCGAGGAGAACAUCACUUAUGGUCUGACUGAUGUCCCCGUGGAGGCUGUCAUACAGGCAGCCACAAAGGCGAAUGCUCAUGAUUUCAUCAUCGCCCUGCCCCAAGGCUAUCAAACAAGUGUUGGAGAGAAAGGCGCACAGUUGUCAGGUGGGCAAAAACAAAGAGUGGCCAUUGCAAGAGCUCUUGUCCGACAACCUCGUGUUCUUAUCUUGGAUGAGGCGACCAGUGCCUUGGAUGCAGAGAGUGAACAUGUUGUACAGCAAGCGCUGAACAACAUCAUGAGGGAGCACACAGUGUUAGUUGUUGCACAUCGGCUCAGCACCGUGGAGAGGGCAGACAGCAUCAUUGUGAUCGAUAAGGGCCAUGUGGCUGAACAGGGAUCUCACGGUCAGCUGAUGGCCAGUGGGGGGUUGUACUACAAACUGGUGCAGCGACAGGUUCUGGGCAUAGAGACGGGGGAUGAAGUACUAAAUCUUUCAGAGAAUUCCUCCUGGAAGCCUGAUGGAGGACACCAGCGUAGCAGACAAAGCAGCAGUGCAAGGUCACAGGGUGCUGGAGCCUAUCCCAGCUGACUUCGGGCAAAAAGGCCGACGACACCCUGAAUCUGUCGCCAGUCAGUCGCAGGGCACAUAUAGACACGGACAACCAUUUGCACUCAGAUUUACACAGUCACUGAGUAGGAACUGAACCCAGGCUGCCUCACCAAAGUCAGGCGAGUGUACCACUGCACCAUCAGUGACUGGUUAUUGAAUACUCCAUCAAAUAUAUACAUAAUCUUAACAACAAUACUGUGGAAAAAGUAUUUGCCACUUCCUGAUUUCAGUUUUUUUUUAAAUUUUUUUUUUUUUUUAAUAUAAAUACAAAUGUUUUUGAUAAUCCAACCAAUUCCAAUCCUCCAAAGACAGCCCAAAUAAUUGCAAAAUGCAGUUUCUAAAUUAAAAUUGUAUUUUUUAAGAAACCUAUCCAAACCUAUCUGGCCCUUUGUAAAAAAGUAAUUGCCAGUUUUGUCAAAUGAAGAAAUCACUUAAAUAGUACCUGUAAAACAACGUGAAGUGGGCUAUGAGAUCUAAACAAUCAGUCGCGCCACAAUCCAAAGAAAUCAAGAACACACGAGGAACAAAGUAAUCAGUCUGUAGCAGUCUGGUUUUGGGACUCCAGUGACCCAUUUGGAGCCAUUACCCACAAAUGGAGAAAACUAGGAAUGGUGAACCUUCUCAGGAGUGGUCGGCCAUACAAAAUUACUCCAGGAGUGCAACGAUUUGUCAAAGUGGUCCUAAAUGAACCCAAAAUGACAUCUGAAGAACUGCAGGCCUCAUUGCCACUCAACUUUAAAAUAGACACUUGGCUAAAAUGGAAUCCAUGGGAGAGUUCCAAGGUGAAAACUACUGCUGACAACAAACAAAGGCUUACCUCCCAUUUACCCCAAAGAUUUGAUGGCCCCUAAAUAAUCUGUAGACUGGACAACUUGCUGUGAUUAUUGGAACAAUUCUGCGGUAUACUAAUAAAUCAUGAAGGUGAACGUCCGGCUAGCUCUUCAUACCCUCAAGUGCCCUUGGGUUAUGCAGUAAAGAAAAUCUAAAAUCAACCAGUAAGUCCACCUGAAUGACAAGAAAAAUGAGGUGCUGUGCUUAACUGCAGUUCAUGCCCAUCCAUCCAUUUUCUGAGCCGCUUCUCCUCACUAGGGUCGCGGGCGUGCUGGAGCCUAUCCCAGCUGUCAUCGGGCAGGAGGCGGGGUACACCCUGAACUGGUUGCCAGCCAAUCAGUUCAUGCCCAGAAACCCUAAAGAACUAAGUUAAAAGAAUUCUGCAAAGGGGAUUGAGCCAAAAUUGUUCUCCAGUGAUGCAAACAAACUCAUCAGUUAUUGCAAACUCUUGAUUUCAGUUAUUGCUGUCAAGGCCGGCACAACAGGUUAUUAGGUUUAGGCCUUCUUCACAUAGGACAAGAUAGAUUUGGAUUUUUUUCCCUUAAUAAAUAAAAUUAUUUAGAAACAGAAUUUUACAUUUGGAUUGUCUUUGUGAAAUAUUAAAAUCAGCAUGAUGAUCUGAGAUAUUUUAGUGAUAAAUACGCAAAAAACAAACAAACAAAAACAAAAAACAAUCAGGAGCGGUGAAGCUUUCACAGCACUAUAUACAUUAUUGUUUAAAUAGAAUUUAUGCCAUGUGGAAUUAAAAUUAGUGCACGAGAUAACUAAGUUAAAUAAGGUUGUGUUUGUAUCUUGACUAUAAUUUCUAUACCUCAAUAAUUGAAAAUUUUGAUCUUGGGUUUCUGACCCCAGUGUAAUUUGCUGAGUCAGUAACUGUAAUUUUCCUAUUGCACUCAUUUAUUACAUUGUGAUAUAUGUUACAUGUAGCCAUGUCAGGACUUGAUCAGCUAUUAGACACUUUAUUCAUCCUCAUCAUAUGCUAGACAUAGCAUUGAUGAUACUCAAUUUCUUCAAAUCAUUACCCAUCGCAUUAUAUCCUUUCUGGACAAUUCCUGUGCCCUUGCCACUUGUGGUAGCAUGAGGCGGUAUCUGCAACCUGCAAAUGUGCUGUGACCAGGAGUUUUGCGGUAUCUUCCAGCACUGUGUCAGAAGUGUGGAGGGGAUCGUUGGAAAUCAACGGUGAAUCAAGAGUAGCUCAAAUACUGGUUUCCUCUUUAUCCAAUGAAGAACAGUCUACCAGCAAGCCACUUGUAUACGAUCCUGCCAAAACUGUCAAGACUCCAUGAGGGCCUGACAUCCACAGGAGAGGCCUCAAGGCUCGUGGUUCCAUCUAUAACUUGAAUAUGUCAGUUCUUGUGGUUGGAGUGUAUCAGCAGUUUCUUGAUGACAAAGCCAUUGAUGCUAUACUGGCCCACCCAUUCUCCAGACCUGAAUCCAAUCGAUUCUCAUCACUGACUAGUGAUCCAGGUCUGGAAGGCCCCCGGCCAGGACCAUAAGUCGUCUUGUCAGGAGCAAGUCCAUAUGGUGUAGGAAGAGUACACAGGCACGUGAAUCCUCCACACUGAUCAACAUCUCCUGUUUUAUUUUGAAUAUGAUCCUGAACUACUUUGUUCUAAGAAAAUAUGUUCUGAAAAAAAUGUAUUCAAUAAAGAUUUUCCAUUAGAAUAUUUCAUUCAUUGAGCUCUGGGAUGUCUGAUACAAGUGUGCUUUAUUCAUUUAUUACAUUAUUGAGUAUAUAAUACAGUACUCAUUGAUUUAAGGCCAAAUGCUGCAUACAUGCCCAAUUGAUUAAAAAAAAGGCCGAUGAGCUAUUUAGGCUGUAAAUAGUUUCGGUUUUCUGUUUGUGUGAUUAUUUUGUAUGUGGAUAAAGUAGUAGUAAAAUAACCAAUA